AUGGCUGACAUAGAAAAGCAAAUAAUUAUGCAGCUGCCUACAGCAAUUGAGCAGAGCAUCUGCCAAGCACGUGCUGCUGUAAUGGUCUAUGAUGAUGCCAAUAAGAAAUGGGUGCCAGCUGGUGGGUCCACUGGAUUUAGCAGAGUUCAUAUAUAUCAUCAUACAGGCAACAAUACAUUCAGAGUAGUUGGCAGGAAGAUUCAGGAUCAUCAGGUGGUAAUAAAUUGUGCCAUUCCAAAAGGACUGAAGUACAAUCAAGCAACACAGACUUUCCAUCAGUGGCGGGAUGCUAGACAAGUGUAUGGUCUGAACUUUGGCAGUAAAGAAGAUGCCAAUGUUUUUGCAAGUGCCAUGAUGCAUGCCUUAGAAGUGUUAAAUUCACAAGAAUCUGGUCCAACGCUGCCUCGACAAAGUGCACAACUUCCCCCACAAGUGCAAAAUGGCCCAUCACAAGAAGAUCUGGAAAUUCAGAGAAGGUUGCUUGUGAUCGAUCAGGUGGAGGACUAA